CAUUGGAUGGUGGUGAUCAGAAUUUAAUUUUAGGGGUCUUGUCUUUCCAUGCGAGAAACUUCUUUGGUUAGUUUAUUUACUCUGUUCUGACAGGAGACAACUGUCAUUUAAUGCAACUCUGUCAUGAAGAAGCAUUAUACAAACUCACCGUGACAGUAUAAGUACACACAGCAUUCAUUGCUCUAGCAAUUUUACAGAGCACAAGCACAAUGCUAUCUAGUACUGGCAUUGGUAGAUGCCUCUGUUCACUUCAAAGUCUGGAAAAGUGUUUUUUUUCAGUAUGGAAAUGUUACCUUGACAGGUUUCCAAUACAGACCUAAGGAAUUCAUUCCAAAACACAUGAAAUAGUGACAUGAUGAUAUAUUGGAAGCUUUUGUACACAUACAAAUUGAAGGUGACUUUUUGUCAAUGCAAAUGUAGAAUUACCUAACUGACUUCAGUUGUUUCAGGCUUAUGCUGUGGAAAAAUAAGGGAGAAUCUAGUCUCUGCAUGCAACAGUAAACAAAUCCUCAGCUUGAAUGUGAGAGAGCUGUUUGAGGAAGUGACACAGAGGUUUCAUAUGCAGGAGUGCCUGUGGGACAAAUAUGUGCUCCUUCCUGUCUGGAAACACACACAUGGCUUUCUAACUAUUAGCUGAAUGAUUGUUCACCAGCCAGAAACCUUCACUAGUAAGAAACUAUCACUUUAAUCCUUUAGAUCCAGGCAGCUACAGGUGAAACUAAAUACAGUCGCUCUUUGGACUGUGCAUGGCUGUACUGUGAGGCUGGGAUUUGUGACAUGUAUAAGGGGACUGUGCUCACCCUCAUGAGAGGUAAUUUAUGGGGUUAUCAUGAUGCUUCUUCUGCGUGGGAUACUUUAAGGGAGGAAGCUUGACAUGUUAUCGUAGAUCACACAGUCCCUUUAGACAAUUGAAGAUGCUGUGUCACCCUCCUUUCUUUUUUUCCAGUCUGCAGAGCUACUCCAAUGCUUCAAAGGGACUGAGAAAUAAACAUGAGAUUCUCAGUGAGUGAGGAAGAGAUUAGAUGACAAGGAUCAGAGGGAUAUAGAAAGUAAUUAAGAUCUGAGAAGCCAAAAGAAGUGAGAGACUUCAGGAGAGGAGCAGAGAGAGCAAAGACAAAUACAGAAGAGGACUUUGUGUAUUCCUUUCUUUUUCCUUCCUUGGAGAAGGCCUGUGACUGUUGCUGUAUCAUGCUGCUUUUGAGGAGGUGAUUGCAGCAGUUCUGCCUUCUACCCAGUUGAGUGUCGGUUAUUUUUGACUGGGAUGUCAUGACCCCUCUCACAACAACGGAAGUAAUUGUGCCAGACUUUGAAUCCUUCAUGUGUUUUGAUACUUUAUUCUUUGAAAGGUGUUAGAUUGUUUCCUGUACUGGGGCAACAUUUCCCAGUUUCUGUGCUUUGAUAUCCCAGUUUAGGCAUUUGUUCUGUGCUUCUCAUGGAAGUGUAGCAGGUACCAAUGUAACUCUGGCAAUGUAACUCAGGCUGGUUCUCCAGUUCAGGCAUGAGCUGAGAGUGGGCUAUGGGAGUACCUUAAAAAAAACCCAGAAUAGAAUUAUUAGAACAAAUAAUGUGCAAAGCUCCUAAUUGUUGUAGCCUGCUGUGCAGUAACUAAGAAAACUUACAGCUUUCUUAUCAUUAGCUUAACAGCCAGCAGGCAGGUUACAGUCUGACUUGAAAGGCUGCUUGUAGAAGUACUUGUGAAAGGGUGCUCAGUUAUUGCCUUUAGAACCUGCUCUCCAUUGGAAAGUUCAGGUUCCUCUGUCCAGAGCAACAGAAGAUUUGGCCUGUAGAGGAGGUUCAGAAAAGAAUCAGGAUGUGCUCAGUGGUGGUGCUGAGCUGGCCUGGGACUGCUCUGCCUCUAGGCUUCCUUUCGCGCUACUCAUAGUCUUCGCUGUUUACCUACCAGAUGUCCCAGCCAGCAGAAUGUAUUUCAUGACAUAUGAGUGGCUGAAGAGCAUUCUGACCCCUGAGGGAAAGAGUGUGAAUGACCUCAGUGCACCAAGGAUCCUUUUUGCUGGGGGCCUGGCUGGGAUCUUCAACUGGGAAGUUGCCAUUCCACCAGACAUGCUGACAUCCCAUUUCCAGACUGCUCCUCCAGGAAAAUACCCAAAUGGCUUUAGAGAUGUGCUGAGAGAACUUAUCAGAGAGGAAGGGGCUGCAUCUCUGUAUAAGGGCUUCACAGCUGUAUUGAUAAGAGCAUUUCCUUCUAAUGCAGCAUGUUUCCUUGGGUUUGAAGUUGCCAUGAAGUUUCUUAACUGGGUUGCACCAGGUCUAUGAAGACUAGGAAGUCUCUGGAAAUGAGAGAGGAGGAGAGUGCAAGUCUGCCUCAAAGGAAUAAAUGAAUGAUCAUUUGAAGUUUCAGGAAUGAUUGCUUGCCUAAUACCUUUUUGCCUUCCUCACAUUCUUUAGGUGGUGCUAAUGUGCCAUUCAGAAACAUAAGCCAUAGCUCUGAAACAGAGUUAAUGAGGAGUUAGAGGUGAUUCACCUGUCUUCUGAGCCAAUGUACCACAGCAGCAUUGCUGCUAACAGACAGCUUUAACUGUUACACAAUUACACAUGCUAUCUUAAGUCCUUCCUGGUUUUUAAAAAUGUAAUUCUUUAUUUACUGAAGAAAUAUGUAGCUGUUAGUGCUGAAAAGCUUCCACAAAACAGUUGUUUGGCAGUGUGUACUUAACUCAGGGUGUAUGUUAACAGCUGCACAUGCUAGUGUCUACAAGCAGUAUCAGAGCAUUCUUGUCUCCUGUAGUUUUAGUUGUGGCUACUCCUAUGUUUUCAUCUUAAGCAUGUAAUGAAGCAAGCACAGAACUAAGCAGGGGAGGCCAGAGCUAUGUUUCACGGGGCAAGAGGUGUUACAGAUGCUGUAGCAGAUCUUGCUGAUCUUUUCUAUGGAACUAAUAGGGAAAAUGAAUUAUGCUUAACAUUUGUACUAAGCUUUACUGAGACAGCCAGAGGGGAAACAUGUUUGAUUAACCUCAACUUUUCUCAUAAAUCCCUUUCUGUCCCACUGAAGAUAUCCAAAUGUGACUUCAAAAGUACAGCACGGUUCAUAGCAACCCAUGCUAUAUUUGAAUCAUCAGAGGCUGCGUCCUGGGAUCCAGUCCCUGACACUGACCUGAGAAAAUUUAACAGCACUUCUGAGAGCUCCAUUGCUCUGACACCAAGGGGAGUACAGGAAGGAGAUGCUGGCUCUGCAUCUUGUCUAGCUUUAGUCUUGCUCCUGUUCCUUGUUUUCUCUUAAUAUCAUUAAACAUAAUCAUAUUUUCACUGAGAAAUGACUAAUAUUAAGAAGCAAAAAGAAAUUCUAAUUUCUCUUGGUUUUGAUGCAGUGUUAUGAAGCUCAAUAAAGCUAACUGUUCCUUGGCUGGAA